GUGGUCGGACAGAAUGUUGUUACUGGAUUAUUACUGUCAAAAAGGGUUCCAUUACAAAAGGUUCAUUCCCCUGUUGUCCUUCAGGUGAACAUCAUGAGUUUCAUAGCAGAGCUGCUGGGAUGGUUCGAGGUGCAUAAACCUGACUUCGUCAAGCCAUUACUACCUCUAGACCUGACAGAUGCCUCGGGGUUGUUGGAUUGCACCAGUCCUGUCAGUGGGAACAGCAACAGUGGCUCUCCCUCCUAUAUCUUCAAACAGCCCUUUGUCCCCAUAUCCUCUCCUGCGUCAUCUGAAGGGAACAUGUGGACCAAGAAACAGAUCCGUCGUCCACUCUCGGCUGUAACCUUCAGUAUUCCAUUCGGUCUGGACAGUGACGUGGACGUUGUCAUGGGCAACCCCGUGCAUUCCGCCAGCACCAACAGCCUGACCGCUGGCGUGCCCGCCAUGAUGACUUCAUCGAGCAGGAUGUCAUCGGGGAUGACACGGGUCCCAUACAGCCCCCCCGAGGACCUCAGUCACCUGGUCAGCGCCUCCGUCCCUCAACGCUCCUCCUGGGGUCCGCACAUACACUCACACACAACGGCCCUAGGAGAGCUGCCGACAGUCGAGAUCAUCCACACUCCUGGAGGAGAAAGAGGGGGAGGAGGGAAAAGAGGAGAGAAAGGAGAUGGAGGAGGAGGAGGAGGAGGAGGAGGAGGAGGAAGGCCAGAGCCACGCUUGCGUCCAGAAGGAGCUCCUGCAGGUUUCUUCCUUCAUUCUCCUGAAUACGAUCUCACCCAGCUCAGCAGCUCCGCCCCCUGCCGCUCCGGAAUGCUCUACCGACCAAUAGGAGGGGAGGGGGGCGGAGGAGAGAAGCGGAGAGUGGGAGGCAGGGAGAAGGGGAGAUCGGAUGGCUCGCGGGACGAUGACUCAGUCCUCCGCGACGGAAGUGUGGACUCAUCGGAAGCUUCCGACGACCUUCCUAGAAACGCCCCCGGCAACGUCCGCCCUGGCCACGGUCGUCACGGCAACGGCAGCAUCAGCAACACCGGUGACAAUAGCGGCAGCCCACAGAUGACGAGCUUCGCCGAGCGGCGGGACAGAAGGAGACAGUCGGCCGCACCGGGAGAGGAGUCAACCAGCACCCCGACCACCCCCACCCUCCAUACCCCCAGCCCAGGAGGGAAGCACCCUGAGCCGGGUACAGAGGCCUGGGAGCUGGGGGCUCGCCUGGAGGAGAAACGCAGAGCCAUCGAGGCCCAGAAGAGACGCAUAGAGGCCAUAUUCACCAGACACAGACAGAGGCUGGGCAAGACUGCCUUCCUACAGCUGAAGAGAGGAGAGGGAGGAGAGGGAGGAGAGGGAGGAGAGGAGCCUAUAUCUCUGGAGGAGCGUCUCAGCCACAUGGAGGAGCAGCUGAAAGAGGAGGAGGAGAGAGAAGAGGAGAAAGGGAAGGCCGAUGAAGGGAACUCCCGCCCACAGGCGCGAUUGGAGAAGCAGGUGACGUUUUCCAUGGAUACGAGGAAGGGGGCUGAGACAGUGGCGGAUAAAUGGGAGGGGCCUGAGCCGGGGGGAGGGGCUGUUCUAGGGGAGUAUAAUGAGGUGGUCCUGAAGCUGAGUGAGGCUCUGAGGUCACUACAGAACGACAUGCAGAAACUGACCCAACAACAACAACAGCUAAUGGGCAAGAAGACCACACCCAAACCCACACCUAAAACUACACCCAAAACUACACCUAAAACUACACCCAAAACCACACCUAAAACUACACCUAAAAGUACACCCAGGACACCACCCAGGACCCCCACUAAGAGUCCGACUAGAACCCCGACCAAGAGCAUCAGUAAGGCGUGGGUGAUUCCUGCAGGCUCCAAACCCCCCACCUCCACUACCUCCCCCUCUCGCAGGGCCCUCCCCCAGCUCUCCUCCACCCCUCCCAAAACCCCCACCUCUACUACCUCCCCUCUCGCAGGGCCCUCCCCCAGCUCUCCUCCAUCUCGCAGGGCCCUCCCCCAGCUCUCCUCCAACCCUCCCAAAACCCCCAUCUCCUCCUCCUGCCCUGCCCCACGCACAAAGAUCCACUCCUCCUCCCCCCGUAGCCCUAAGCACCACCUGCGCCCCUCCCAACCCCACCCCCGCCCUUCUGAGUUGAAGUUCCCUCCUUCCACCCGUGUCCUCACCCCCCCGCAGCAUGUGGACUCCCUCCCCCACCUGCGACGUGUCUCCCCCAGCCAGUGCCAGGUCCAGACCUCCUCCUCUUUCCGUAUCGGGGGCCCCUGCACCCCCCAGAAACCCCCUGCCGCCACGCUGCCCCAGCCCGAGGAGAGUACCUCAGAGACGGGCUCCAGCGAGACGCAGUUCAGCCUGGAGCUGGAGGAGCAGGAAGGUUUAGGGGGAGGCCGGCCCGUGUUUCCCCAGCCCAGGAGAGGCCGUUCUGGGGGUGGCAGCAGCUCCGGAGCCCCCUCCGAGGGCUCCUUUGAGAGCGAGACCCUAACCUCCAACAGGAGAAACGUUGGAAUUCCACGGAACCCACGGGAGAACCGAGGGAAUCUACGGAACCCACGGGAGAACCGAGGGAACCAAUCAAAUAGAACAGACACAGAACACAGAACUCCGAGAACCCUCAGUGGAACCCACAGAGCAGACGGAACCGGAGGGCGAGAGGGAGGGGUUGGAUUCUUCUUCAAGGAGGAGAUGCGUUGUGAAGAUGAGAUGGCUCAGAGGAGAGCUGCUCUGUUGGGGAGACAGCAGAAAAGAGCAGAGGACCUGAAGAGGAGGAGACAGUGGAACGAACAGGAGAGAGAGAGCAG